GGCCCCGCCUCCCUCUCCUCCCCUCCCCGCUCCUCAGGGCCGCGGCUCGGGACGCCGCUCGUCGCCCGCUCGGAGCCGUGAGGGAGACGGCCGCGUUCUCCUCCCUUCGCCUCGUUCUCCCACCCCGAAGCGGGAGGCAGACGGCGGCCGCCCGCUCCUCGCCGCCUCCUCCCGCUCCUCCUCCUGCAGCGGGGGCCGCGUCCUGCUGCCGGGGGGGGGGAAUUGAUGUGGAGACCCCGCGCAGCACCAUGCAGCCCCCGCCGAGGAAGGUGAAAGUCACACAAGAGCUGAAAAACAUCCAGGUGGAGCAGAUGACAAAGCUGCAGGCCAAGCAUCAGGCAGAAUGUGAGCUACUUGAAGAUAUCAGAGCAUUCAGUCAGAAGAGAGCUGCCAUCGAGAAGGAAUAUGCCCAGAGCCUCCAGAAGCUGGCCAGCCAGUACUUGAAGAAGGACUGGCUGGGAAUGAAAGCCGAUGAGCGAGCUGAUUAUAGGAGCAUGUACUCGGUUUGGAAAUCGCUCCUGGAAGGCACGAUGCAAGUGGCCCAGUCCCGACUCAAUAUCUGCGAGAACUAUAAAAACUUAAUUUCGGAACCGGCCAGGAGCGUGAGGUGCUUCAAGGAACAGCAGCUGAAAAAGUUAAAAGCACGACGGUCGGAGUGUAACUCAAAGGCCAUCCAUGCAAGGAAUGAUUAUCUUCUCACUCUAGCAGCUGCUAAUGCACACCAAGACCGCUACUACCAGACAGACUUGGUGAACAUUAUGAAGGCUCUGGAUGGGAACGUGUACGAUCACCUGAAGGAUUAUUUAAUGGCAUUCAGCAGGACUGAGCUCGAGACGUGCCAAGCCGUACAGAACACGUUCCAGUUUUUACUGGAGACUUCCAGCAGGGUGGUGCGAGAUUACAAUCUACAGCAGUUUUUACAGGAGAACUCCGUGUUUCACAAACCGCAGCCUUUCCAGUUCCAGCCGAGUGACAGCGACACUAGUUUUAACGCGGUUCAGCUGGUGGACAUCGAGCCCUCACCUGUCAGUGCCAUGCGAAUGACAAUAGCAGAGAGUCGACAACUGGAAUCGGAAACUGGAACGACCGAAGAGCACAGCCUCAACAAGGAGGCUCGGAAAUGGGCUACGCGCGUGGCCCGCGAGCACAAGAACAUCAUCCACAGCCAGCGGACUCUUGAAGAGCUGGAGUGCCACGGGCCUGUGAUGUCUGAGCAAACCCGAGUGGAACUGGAGCAGAAAAUAGAUGAGGCCAGAGAGAGCAUUCGCAAGGCUGAGAUCAUUAAGCUGAAAGCCGAAGCCCGUCUCGAUCUCCUGAAGCAGAUCGGCGUUUCCGUGGAUACGUGGCUAAAAAGUGCAAUGAACCAGGUGAUGGAGGAGCUGGAAAACGAGCGCUGGGCCAGCCUGCCCUCGGUGACCAACAACGGCUCCGCGCACCUGAUUAAUGCUGACGCAGAAAAGGAAGAAGGCGAAGAGUUUGAGGACAGCAUGGACGUUUUUGAUGACAGCAGUUCCAGUCCUUCUGGUACUCUGAGAAAUUACCCUCUCACCUGCAAAGUUGUUUAUUCCUAUAAGGCUUCCCAGCCCGAUGAGUUGACCAUCGAGGAGCACGAGGUAUUGGAGGUGAUUGAAGAUGGAGAUAUGGAAGACUGGGUAAAGGCGCGGAAUAAAGCCGGCCAGGUGGGCUACGUCCCGGAGAAAUACCUGCAGUUCCCGACGUCCAGCAGCCUGCUGAGCAUGCUCCAGUCCCUCGCCGCGCUGGACAGUCGGUCCCACACCUCCAAUAACUCAACAGAAGCUGACCUGGUGUCGGGCAGCCUGAACGGGGAUUCCAGCGUCUGUUUUGUAAAAGCACUUUACGACUACGAGGGCCAGACAGAUGACGAGCUGUCCUUCCCAGAAGGAGCCAUCAUCCGCAUCCUGAACAAGGAGAAUCAGGAUGACGAUGGCUUUUGGGAAGGAGAAUUCAAUGGCCGCGUUGGGGUGUUCCCAUCGGUAUUAGUUGAAGAACUGACGGCCUCAGAAAAUGGAGAGACUCAGUGGCUUGGAGAUAUUCAGGUGUCCCCCACCCCGAAGCCGAAUCACGCCCUGCCGCCACUGCCGCUGUACGACCAGCCUCCCGCCAGCCCCUUCCACAGCCCGGAUAAAAGAGGCUCCCAGUACUUCCCCAGAUCACCAUCGACUAACGAGAACAGCUUCAGCUCAGAGUCCCCUGGAUUCUCGCAGCCUCCACGACUUCCUCCUGAGACUUCGUAUGGCAAACUGCGACCUGUGCGAGCAGCUCCGCCGCCCCCGACGCAGCAUCACCGCCGGGCAACGGAGAAGAUCGAGGACGUGGAGAUCACUCUGGUGUAACGCCUGGACUCGUUCCGUAGUAGUGCUACAAUCAAGACCAAACCCGGGAUUUGGUCGGUCUCGUUUUUAGGCACCUUUGCAUGAUGAAGACUUCGAAUAGAGCAAGAGAUGGGGAGGAUUUUUCCGGGACGGUGACACGGCGGACUCCUUCCCACGGUCAUGAAUAUUUUGUGCCUUUUUUUUUUUUUUUUUUUUUUUUUUGGUUUUGCUUUCUAUACGUCACUCUUCCUCUCUUAGCACAAACCCAGGCGGGCGGAGGAUGGCGGCGGAGCAGGUUUCUCUCUUGGCUGGAGAUGGUCAUUUUUCUACGGAGGCUGAGAAGGAGCCUCCUUCCCGCAGCGUGGUCGCAGCGCCCUUCCUUCCAUCCCAUGCGUUAGUACAGUAUAUUACUGUUGCCAUAGGAAUGUGUUAAAAGAUUGUCAGUUCUUCAAGUAGCAUGACUUGUCUGAUUAGGUUUUAAUCAGAUGGAACGGAGUGGAAAAAAGGGAACUGAAAAAUGAGUGUAAGGAGAGGCUGGCUCCUCUUUAGUGCCCUCGCGGAAGGAAGAAACGGGAAAAUAAUCUUAUAGGUAAGGAAAAGUGAUGCAAAUCAUACAGUGUUAAUUACAUUAAUGCACACCUCUUCAAUAAUUAACAGUUAAGCGGAACUAAAUGUUCUUUGUAUUAAUAUUUAUGCAGUACAUUUAGUAAUAGAGUAUCUAAUAUGGAGGUGCUGAAUUAGUAGCAACAUCUUGUUCCAUAGCAUAAACCAACCGGUAGAGAAGUGAGGUUUUCGUCUAGAUCUGGAAAUUGAGCUUCAUUUUUUUUUUUUCUUAGCAGAUUUGGGGGGUUUUGUUUUAUAAGUAUUCGGCUCACUCUUGUCCCAGCUAUCGCCGCGCUCUGCGUGUGUAUCUCUGUCACCCAUCCAUCUGGCUGCAGUUCGAUUACGUUCCUGCGUUGUUCGGGUUCUGCAUUGGAUGGCCCCAUAGCGUUGUCCCAGGGCAGCCCCAUAACGAACCUCGUGCUGCUGCAGAGCUCCAGGCUGCUGCUGGCUCCCGAAUUCCUCUCGCCCAACCAAUGGAGAGUGAGAAGAGACCAACUUUAAACCUCUGGGAAGGAAGCUUGUUUUUUGUUGUUGUUCAAAAGAAAAGGGGAGAAAUGGCCAGAAGAGAGGGGAGGAAAACGGGUUGUUCUUCAUCUGUGAGCAGUGAGCUGCUGUUGGAAGAGCAGCGUCCAUCAGACGAAAGCUUCGGGCGUCACAAGGCUGAUUUCCCUUCUGUGAACGCGCUCUUACGCGUUCAUUCUUUUCAGCACCGGUAACAUUUCUGCCUUUCGUUGGGUAUACCAAGGGCUGUCUGUUGAGGCUGCAUUCACAACAACCAUCCAACCAGAUUUUCUCGUCAGCUUCGCACCUCCCCAGCCGGGCGGCGUCUCCCAGUCCUCCCAUCUCCUUCCCCAGUGGGACAAUGGAAGAGGAGAGCUCUUCCAAGAGGAGGUGGGUUCUGGGAUGGCUGGCUGUCCAGUGGAGUCUUAUUCUCUCGCACCUCCGGUCCCGUUGAUCCGUUCGAGGUCUUUUUGACGCGUUUCUCAAACUUGUUAAGUUUAAAAAAAGGAAAAAAAAAAGAAAAAGUUUCUAUGAAGAUGUAACUGUUGGCAAAAACGUCGAAAGCUUCGCCGUGCAGCAGCAAAGCGAGUACUGCCACAGUGCCCAGCUCCCGUUCCUUCGGCCAGUUCUUUCCUGGGUGCCCCCCAACACGCGGACUCUCAACAUUCAGAGGAGUGUUAUUUAAGGUCUCUUUAGUUGUAUUUUAAAAUAUUUUCUGCAAGAGCUGCUAAUUUUAUUUAAAAAAAAAAAAAGGAAAAAAAAAAAAAAGAAAGAGGAGAAG